GAGCUGAGCUGGGUGCGCUACUGGAUACUACGUACCGUGCUUUUACAGUUUACUACAACACAGAUAGAUGACGCAGGGAGAGACGGGAGAGAGAGGAAAAUCCGGGGUACGACCUAGGAAUGCAAGGUUGCCAUUUCGUCGGUCUUCCGAUGCCUGCCCGUGUGUGUGUGUCUUGGAGGAAUGCAGUGCGCGCGCUGCUGCUCGGUCUCACGCGCGCCUCUUGGCUCCUCUCUUUUCACACAAGGAAAGGCGCCGGGCUUUGACACUGUGCAAACACGAGAAGAGCAAGGACAAGACAGGACAGAGCGUUGCGUGCCUUGGUGGGCUAGCUUUGUGUGUUGCUGUUAUUGCGGCGGCGGUGGCGGCGGCGGCGCUAGCUGUGCCCCCUUUUUAUUACCUAGACGUCUCUGUGCCUUCCACAACCGAUUCGAUACGAUAUUCGCGUAUAUUUAAUAUCCCCCCCAAGUCGCGCCACAUUCUCCAGUCGGCGUCAUUGCCCAAAAGUCACUCACAGCUCCCCUUCUCCAUUACCGAGUGCCGAACUUGUCUCUUGUCCCUGUACAAUAACCUUUCGGUUGCCUUUUUCUCUUCCCUUGUCUCCCCCUUCACCUCGUGUCCCAAAAAGCUAUCUUCCUUCCUACCUACCUACCAAUCACGCUCAUUUGCCGGCCCUCGGAAUACACAACACACACACGCUCACUGGAAAACAAAGAAACUCUGUCGUUCCCUCAUAUAAAAAAUUACUUCCAUCCAUCUCCUUAUUAACAUUAACCUCGAAACCCAAACCCUCCCCCCCCCCCACAAACGCCAAGAUGCGUUUCACCUCGGUCUUCGUGGCAGGCAUCCUAGCCGUGGUGGCCCACGGGCAGUCGACGGCGGGGACGACGGCGACGACCAAGAGCGCGGCGUCCAAUACCAGCGGCGCGGCACCCGAGGAGGCGAGCAUGAUGGCGUGCCUCAACGCGUGCGCCGACGGCGACGUUAAC